UAUUUCGUAUGGGUCCGCCCCCAAGCUACGGCUGGGCUGUUGCGCUUGCGCGAGGGGUCGCACGCAGUCACGCGCCGCCGACCGCUUCCGGUGCGCCGCGAGGGCAGCCGGGACGGGUCUCCCUGGCGAUCCGUGGUGUGCUGCUGCUCAGCGGCCAAACCGGUCCCUCGGUGACGACUGUGUAUUUGCUGUCUUCCUCGAGCUCCCCGGGGCUUGACCCCCGGGGCCCUCGGCAGGCAUCGGUGAGGAGCCUGCGGAGCGAACCUGUGCUCCUACACUUGCCCUUCACGACUCCAUAUCGCGACUCCGAGGAGGGGAAGCGAGGGGGGCUGUCGCGACUCCGCGCCGUGUGUCGCCGGGCGGGGCCGCGGGGCCGGGGCUCCUCCAGCCCCCGGGAUGCGCGCGCGAGCCCUCGCCUCCACUUCCUUGUUGCUGCUGUCACGACUGGAGCCGCCUCUCGCCGACAGCGGGGAGCGCGAGUGCGCCAGCCAGGGACCUCGUCGAGCCCCCGGGCCGAGCGCCUCCGGGAAUGUGAGCGGCGCUGCUUGCACGCUCCUCCGGCCAUGGACGCAUCAUAUGAUGGUACUGAGGUAACUGUCGUGAUGGAGGAAAUUGAGGAAGCCUAUUGUUACACCUCUCCUGGGCCACCCAAGAAGAAGAAAAAGUAUAAAAUACAUGGAGAGAAGGCCAAGAAACCCAGGUCUGCUUACCUCCUGUACUAUUACGACAUCUACCUGAAAGUGCAGCAGGAGCUCCCCCACCUCCCCCAGUCUGAGAUCAAUAAGAAGAUUAGUGAGAGUUGGAGGCUUCUCAGCGUGGCCGAGAGGAGUUACUACUUGGAGAAAGCCAAACUAGAGAAGGAAGGUUUGGAUCCUAACUCUAAGCUCUCUGCACUGACUGCUGUGGUUCCGGACAUCCCAGGUUUCCGCAAGAUCCUCCCACGCUCAGAUUAUAUCAUCAUCCCCAAGAGCAGCCUGCAGGAGGACCGGAGCUGCCCUCAGCUAGAGCUAUGUGUGGCUCAGAACCAGAUGUCCCCGAAAGGACCUCCUCUUGUGUCCAACACUGCCCCGGAGACAGUGCCCAGCCAUGCAGGCAUGGCAGAGCAGUGCCUGGCUGUGGAGGCCCUGGCUGAGGAGGUGGGAGCCCUUACCCAGUCAGGUGCUGUACAGGAGAUUGCCACCUCAGAGAUCCUCAACCAGGAUGUGCUCCUAGAGGAUGCUUCCCUGGAAGUAGGAGAGAGCCACCAACCUUACCAGACAAGCCUGGUAAUUGAAGAGACCUUGGUGAAUGGCUCAGCAGACCUCCCCACUGGAAGCCUGGCUGUGCCCCACCCCCAGGUUGGAGAGAGUGUAUCAGUGGUAACAGUCAUGAGGGAUUCCAGUGAGAGUAGCUCCUCUGCACCAGCCACACAGUUCAUCAUGUUGCCUCUGCCUGCCUACUCAGUUGUGGAGAACCCCACCUCCAUCAAACUGACCACUACAUAUACCCGCCGGGGCCAUGGGACAUGCACCAGCCCAGGGUGCUCCUUUACAUAUGUCACCAGGCACAAGCCACCUAAGUGCCCUACCUGUGGUAACUUCCUAGGAGGGAAGUGGAUUCCAAAGGAAAAGCCAGCCAAAGUAAAAGUGGAAUUGGCUUCUGGUGUCUCUUCCAAAGGCUCUGUGGUGAAAAGAAAUCAGCAACCUGUCACCACUGAGCAAAAUUCCUCUAAGGAAAAUGCCUCCAAACUGACUCUGGAGAAUUCGGAAGCUGUAAGCCAGCUCCUGAAUGUAGCUCCUCCCAGAGAAGUAGGUGAGGAGAGUGAGUGGGAGGAAGUGAUCAUCUCCGAUGCCCAUGUUUUGGUUAAGGAAGCUCCUGGGAAUCGUGGUACAGCAGUCACUAAGACACCAGUCAUCAGAAGUGGUGUGCAGCCUGAGGUCACUCUGGGGACAGCUGACAAUGACAGUCCUGGAGCAGACAUACCAACACCAUCUGAGGGGACAAGCACCUCCAGUCCACUCCCUGCUCCUAAAAAACCUACAGGGUUGACCUGGCUUACCCUGGGUCCAGGCUCGAGCUUAAAGGCAGAGCACGGGGGCAAGCCUCAUUUACUGGGUGCAGCAAGAUCCAUGAGUUUUACAUUUGCCCUGACAGGAAUAUCAACUGGCUUUUACUUUGAGAAUUAUUUUAUUUUCCACACAGAUAUGGCAGCUCUGGGUGUAUGUGUGAUCUUGCGGUGUAAAAGGAAGCUACCAAGUGGCCCAUCCAACAGGACUUCUCAGGUGAAAGUUGUGGAGGUCAAGCCCGAUAUGUUUCCUCCAUAUAAGUACAGCUGCACUGUGACAUUGGAUUUGGGCCUGGCUACAUCAAGAGGCCGGGGAAAGUGCAAGAAUCCCUCUUGUAGCUAUGUCUACACCAACAGGCACAAACCUCGGAUUUGUCCCAGCUGUGGUUUUAACCUUGCCAAAGACCGGACUGAGAAAAACACCAAGGCUAUCGAGGUGAGCUCACCACUCCCAGAUGUACUGAAUGCCACAGAGCCCCUGAGCACAGCCCAGAGGGAGAUCCAGCGCCAGUCCACACUGCAGCUGCUGCGCAAAGUCCUGCAGAUUCCUGAGAAUGAGUCAGAGCUGGCUGAGGUCUUCGCCUUGAUUCAUGAACUCAACAGCUCUCGACUUAUCUUGUCCAACGUGAGUGAGGAGACAGUCACCAUCGAGCAAACCUCUUGGUCGAAUUAUUAUGAGUCUCCGUCCACGCAGUGCCUUCUCUGUAGCAGCCCAUUAUUCAAAGGGGGACAAAACUCCCUGGCUGGGCCCCAGGAGUGCUGGCUGCUGACAGCCAGCCGUCUGCAGACAGUGACUGCCCAGGUGAAGAUGUGUCUGAACCCCCAUUGUCUGGCCCUGCACAGCUUCGUAGACAUCUACACAGGUCUCUUUAAUGUGGGGAACAAGCUGCUGGUAAGCCUGGACUUGCUUUUUGCAAUCAGAAACCAGAUCAAGCUCGGAGAGGACCCCAGAGUGUCUGUCAGUGUUGUUCUGAAGUCAGUGCAGGAGCAGACAGAGAAGACUCUGACCUCGGAGGAGCUGAGCCAGCUGCAGGAGCUGCUGUGCAAUGGCUAUUGGGCCUUUGAGUGCCUCACUGUCCGAGACUACAAUGACAUGAUCUGUGGCAUCUGUGGUGUGGCCCCCAAAGUGGAACUGGCCCAGAGGAGUGAAGAGAAUGUGCUAGCAUUGAAGAGCGUGGAGUUCACCUGGCCUGAAUUCCUGGGCUCUAAUGAGGUAAAUGUGGAGGACUUUUGGGCCACGAUGGAGACAGAGGUGAUUGAGCAGGUGGCAUUUCCUGCCAGCAUCCCUAUCACCAAAUUUGAUGCCUCCGUUAUUGCCCCCUUCUUCCCACCACUCAUGAGAGGAGCUGUGGUCGUCAACACUGAGAAAGACAAAAACCUGGAUGUGCAGCCAGUACCUGGUAGCGGCAGUGCCUUGGUGAGGCUGCUCCAGGAGGGCACCUGCAAGCUUGAUGAGAUUGGCUCCUACAGUGAAGAGAAGCUGCAACAUCUGCUAAGGCAGUGUGGAAUCUCCUUUGGAGCAGAAGACUCCAAGGACCAGCUCUGCUUCUCCUUGUUGGCCCUCUACGAAUCUGUACAGAAUGGAGCUAGAGCUAUGCAGCCCCCACCUCACUUCACAGGUGGUAAAAUCUACAAGGUGUGCCCCCAUCAGGUGGUCUGCGGCUCCAAGUAUCUUGUGCGGGGUGAGAGUGCCCGUGACCAUGUGGACCUGCUUGCCUCUUCCCGCCACUGGCCGCCUGUCUAUGUGGUAGAUAUGGCCACGUCAGUGGCCCUGUGUGCUGACCUCUGCUACCCAGAGCUGACCAACCAGAUGUGGGGGAGGAACCAGGGCUGUUUCUCUAGUCCCACGGAGCCACCUGUGAGUGUGUCCUGCCCAGAGCUCUUGGACCAGCAUUAUACUGUGGACAUGACAGAAACUGAGCACUCUAUCCAGCACCCAGUCACCAAGACUGCCACACGGCGCAUCGUCCAUGCAGGCACACAGCCCAAUCCUGGUGACCCCAGUACUGGGCACCACUCCUUGGCACUGUGCCCUGAAUUGGCACCCUACGCAACCAUCCUGGCCUCCAUCGUGGACAGCAAACCAAACAGUGUCCUCCAGCGGCCCAUUGCCUUCGACAAUGCCACUCACUAUUACCUCUACAACCGCCUCAUGGACUUCCUCACCAGCCGCGAGAUUGUCAAUCGUCAGAUCCAUGACAUUGUACAGAGCUGCCAGCCUGGUGAGGUGGUCAUUCGUGACACCCUCUACCGCCUUGGGGUUGCUCAGAUCAAGACAGAGACAGAGGAGGAGGGUGAGGAAGAGGAGGUGGCCACAGUGGCAGAAUAAGCCAGGCUGUUGUACAGGGACUAUACCAUCUCUCAAGCCAUAGUAAGGCCCUUGCCUGAGGCAGAGCUAUCCAGGGGACCUGCAGAAGUGGUCUCCUGUGGGGAGGGCCUCUGACUGCUGGGACUGACCAAAGAGCUUCCAUUCCCUGAGCAUGGUGGGACCCAGGGUCCUCGGUUCUCAACCCUCCACAGGUCAGGAGUGGUGCCGGGAAAUCUCUUCUGGCCCCGAGAGAACACUUGGGGGACGUGGUAUGUUUAAUGGAGGGAGGGGAGGCUGAGGGAAAGGCUGGUAGCUGGUGGCUUCCGUGGGACCUGCUGUGGGUCAGGGUAGAGAUCCUGGGUGGGCUAAGGCGUGAGUCCCAGCACUAGGUGGGAAGGCUGCUCAGGUCUCUCCCACUCCUGAGGAGCCCUGGUUUCAGCGCCCCCAGUCUCAUGAAUUGCUUAGCCUGUUGCCUUUGACUAGGGGCCUGGGGUGGCCUGCCUUUGACUAGGGGUCCCUUUGGGCUCUUGAUUCUCCCUGAAGGAGGGAUACAUUUCUCUCUUGCUCUUCCUGUACCCACAUUUGGGGGAAGCUGAGGAACAGUCAGCCACAGCUCUCUUCCAGGACUGUCCUCUCCGCCCCCAAGCUUUGAGGAAGAGCAUCCCCUUCCUCCUUUCCCUGGCCACUGCUGCUGCAGCCAACAUCCUCUCUGGGCCUGGGACCCUCUCCACAGACAGGAUGUGAUCCCUGGCCAUGACAUAACCUGGCAGCAGUAGGAAAAACUCCCUUCUGUGAAGGGGAAGCAGACUGGGCCAUAAGGAAACAGCAGGACUGGCUCAAGUGCCCAAGGUUUGUUUAGGGCCUGGGAAUUGGCCAUGUGUUAAUUUAUUGAGAGGAGUGGAGUAGGUGGCUUUUUUUCCCCUCCUUCUCUCUUCCCCCAACAAAAAUAAAGUUUAUUAAAUUA